AUGAGGACGGGUGGUCAUGAUGGAUUUGAGGACUACUAUUUUGAGGAAGCAGAUGCACAAGCAGACUUCCGGUCACCACAGACCCCAUACAUGCCACGACCACCGAACACGCCACCGACACCACAUGGGUCCACCUCUAGAGGUUUGGAUCUAGGAAAAUCCACAGCACGUGUACUAGUCUCUAUUGGGAGAAUAUGGAUCAUCUAUGGCCCCGAUUCAACGAUAUUCCCUAUGAGGCUCUUAUAUAGAUGUUUUCGCAUUUCAAGGCCAUGUAAGCAUUGGUCCACAGAUAAGUUGAGAAAUAAUUCAAAAAUUGCUCAGCAGAACCGCAAAACCGUAGAUGCUAGUGGGUCGACAGCAAGGCACACUGCGAGUAGUAUAGGAUUUGACAAGCACCGUAACGACUUAGAAAAGAUGAUGGUUAAACCACCCACACAAUAUGAUGUUUUCAUGAAGAAGCAUGGUACAACUGAGUCAAAAAAAAAUUUGCAGGAGAUCAUGAAAAUCUCGAAUAUUGCUCACAAACGGCCAAAGAAGCACAGGAGGUGUAUCUACAGGGGUUGGUCAAAAAAUAUGGAGAAGAUCUUUCAAACCAUAAAGAUGAUGUAUGGUUAUGGGAGGAAACCCAAGUUAGGAAAAGGAAAGAAGAAUGGUGAUAUCUAUGGGAUAGGAACAUCAUAUAUACAUUUUGUGGUUUCUGGGACACCAUCUUCCCAAUCCAACAAUCCACCCAAUCGGACAGUACACAACAAGAGGUAUGUUGUUAUGGUUUAA